AGAUUGGCUUGUUUUCACAAUUCAAUGUCUUCAUUGAACCCUUGCCGUGCUACAAAAACAACCACCGGAGAGUGGCCCAGCAGUGCUCGUGAGAAUGGGGUGAUCCGAUUGCGUGGAGAGCUGAAUCAAGAAUUCAUGCCCAAACACGUGGCUCUUAUAAUGGACGGAAAUGGAAGGUGGGCGAAGAACAAAGGGCUUGCAGUUCAAGAAGGUCAUAAAAGUGGUCGCAUCAAUUUGAAAUACCUUACUUACAACUGCUCCAAUCUUGGAAUAAAGAUGCUCACUGCCUAUGCUUUCUCAACUGAGAAUUGGAAUCGCUCUAAAAUGGAAGUUGCAUUCUUGAUGACAACUUUCGAAGAGUUCAUACAAUCACUAGUGGAAGACCUCAUGGCACGACAUGAUAUUCGAUUUUCCGCAAUCGGGGAGAAAUCGAGGCUGUCAAAGUCUCUACAAUGUGUAAUAUCUAGAGCUGAGGAGAUGAGUCGAAGUAACAAAGGGUUGCAUUUUGUAAUGGCAAUGAGCUAUAGCGGGCGGAACGACGUCGUUGAGGCAGCCAAAAACAUAGCGGCGAAAGUAGAAUGUGGGAUUGUAGAAACAAAUGAGAUCGACGAAGCAAUGUUGGAACAAGAAUUGAUGACCAACAUCGGAGAGUUCCCAAACCCUGAUUUGUUGAUAAGGACAAGCGGUGAACUCAGGCUUAGCAACUUCCUUCUGUGGCAGUUGGUCUAUUCACAAUUCUAUUUUUCAGAUAAAUUAUUUCCUGAUUUUGGAGAAAAAGAUCUUCUUAAAGCGAUUGCUUCUUACCAGUCUAGGGCCAGCGCAGGUUUUGAAUCCGACUGGAAAUAA